AUGGCUGUUGUGUCAUCUGCAAACUUCAGGAGUUUAACAGAGGCGUCCUUUGAGCCGCAACAGCAGCAGCAGUCGGGCGCACCGACCGAAGCAUGCUCCAGCGCAGCCAUGACUUGCUCGGUGUCAGAUAGCGAGAAGAUUGUGAUCAACUGCGGCGGGAUCCGACACGAGACCUACCGGAGCACUCUGAAGACGCUGCCGGGGACACGCUUGUCUUGGCUGACCGAGCCCGACGCCUACAGCAACUUCGACUACGACCCCAAGUCCGACGCGUUCUUCUUCGACCGCCACCCUGAUGCCCCGGCGCUCACCGGCUGGGCGGAUGGCGACCUGAAGCGUCUGUGCAUGAAGGAGGACGGCCGCAGGGCGACGUGGUGGGAGGUGUGGCAGGCCAAGAUGUGGGCGCUGUUCGAGGACCCCUACUCCUCCAAAUAUGCUCGGUAUGUGGCAUUUGCUUCACUCUUCUUCAUCCUCCUCUCCAUCUCCACCUUCUGCCUGGAAACCCACGAAGUCUUCAACACAAUCUACAACAAAACAGAGAAUUUCACUAUCAGCAAUGUGACACAUGAGGAGGUAGUUUUUGAGGUGGUCACAGAUGACUGGCUGACAUAUGUGGAGGGUGUCUGUGUCAUCUGGUUCACCAUUGAGGUGUUGGCACGUGUCAUCUUCUGCCCUGACAAGGCAGAGUUUUUCCGCAGCGUCCUUAACAUCAUAGACUUUGUGGCCAUUGUGCCGUUUUACCUGGAGGUGGCACUGAGUGGCCUCUCCUCCAAAACAGCCAAAGACGUGCUGAGCUUCCUCCGUGUAGUGCGCUUUGUCCGUAUCCUGCGUAUAUUCAAGCUGACCCGUCACUUUGUUGGUUUACGGGUCUUGGGCCACACUCUGCGGGCAAGCACCAACGAGUUCCUGCUGCUCAUCAUCUUCCUGGCGCUGGGCGUCCUCAUCUUUGCUACCAUGAUCUACUAUGCUGAACGCAUUGGUGCCGACCCAGCUGAUCCAACGGCUGCAGCCCACACCGACUUCAAGAACAUCCCCAUUGGCUUCUGGUGGGCUGUAGUGACCAUGACCACGCUGGGUUAUGGGGAUAUGUUCCCUAAGACAUGGUCAGGAAUGCUGGUGGGUGCCCUCUGCGCCUUGGCUGGUGUGUUGACUAUUGCCAUGCCUGUGCCUGUCAUUGUCAACAACUUUGGCAUGUACUACUCCCUGGCCAUGGCCAAGCAGAAGCUCCCUAAGAAGAGGAACAAGCACAUCCCCCGAGCACCACAGCCAGGCAGCCCCAACUACUGCAAGCCAGAUGCCCUGGCCAUGGCCACUGCCUCACCGCACAGGCUGAUGGGCAAUGUGCUCGGCCCAGGCAUGGCAGGAUCUGGCAGCAUGAUGGGUACUGGAGACUGCCCAUUAGCACAGGAGGAGAUUAUCGAGAUCAACAGGGCAGACUCCAAGCAGAACGGUGAUGCAGCAGCCAGUGCAGCAGCCCUGGCCAACGCGGACUGCCCCCCCCUUUAUAUAAUCCCCAACCUUUCACCUUUAACACCCUGUGCACUCCUCUACACACUGCCACAUGCAGUGAUUCAUGCACACAAGCACAAUGCAAAAUACACGCCUACAUACACAGAUGGCUCAGGCUCCAGCAGUGUUACAUUUUCCCUGGGAGAGGAAUGGUUCAAGCCGGAGGGGCCUCUGCUACAGCAGAACCUCAACGUUCAUUCCAGCUCCUCUUGGAUCAAACCAUAGAAACACUGAGGUAACACUUCCACACAGCACAUGAAGCAGUGAAAGAUACAGCCAAUAACACAGCCUCAGUUCACCAGAAGUGGAUUCACUUAGAUUAGAUCACUUAACUAUCUUAGACGUGAUUAGAGUAGAAUCUGUUGGAAAAUACUAAACUACAUUAGAUAAGAUCAAACUAAUUUGGGUUAAUUAACCUAUGUAAAUUUGAUCAGAUGACAUUAGCAUAGUCUGCUAUAGACAAAAAUAGAUCAGACUGCAUUAGACUUGAUUCAAGUAGACACUACUGGACUAUUAGAUUGGAUCAAGCUUUGCUAGAUUAGGGUAAACUGGGAAAACACUAGAUUAGAUUAAACUAGACAGAUUACACUUGACUAGACCAUACUUUAUUAGAUUAUAACUUGAAAUGAGAAAUAAUUAGACUAUAUAAAUUAAAAUACACUACACUAGAUCACAUAUAGACUCAAUGAGUGACUUUUUAAAUCAUUAAAACUCACACAGACACACACAGUCGUGUCUUACUAUAGCUGUGAGGACACCCAUUGACAUAAUGCAUUCCCUAGCCCCUGAUCCUAACCUUAACCAUCACAACUAAAUGCUUUUCACCAGCCCUUACCCCUAACCUAAAACUAAUUCUAACCCAAACACCAAAGCCAAGUUCUAGCCCUCAAGCAACAAGUUGUGAGGACCUUGUCCAAAUAUCAUCACAGUAAUAGCAUCAGAAAAAAGACUGGUCCAUACAAUGAAAUAACGUCAUGUAUAUACAAACAAACACACAAACACAGGCUACAUGUAUAGAGCUGCUUGUAGGUUGCUUGUUACUUUAAAGCUUUUAAAUGUGGUUUAGCAUCUUACAAUGAAUAACAGCAG